UUUAGGUACACUUCUAACAGUUAUAACCCGAAAGCGCAAUCUCGUUUUGAGUUUUUCAUAGGGGGAUGGAAUAAUUCAGGCGGUGGGAAUAAUCUACUACAGAUCUCCAGAAAUACGCAUGCGUUCUUCUUAGAAUCGAAAAUUUUUUUAUCACAACAAUUUAUUAAUCAGUUAUUUUUUAUUAGUAUACAAGAUGAGUGAGAAGUCCCAUAAAAGUCUGCUGCCGACGAAUCAUGUAAUUAGUGUUUUUGAAGGCACUAAUCAUUUUUUUAAAAAUUGUAUAAGUUAUACUGGCCCAAAAGAACAAUCUGCUUUAUGUUCUUCGGAAGAAUCAGAUCAUAAGAUUGUUGAAAAAGACCAUCAGGCUGAAUCUUUUAAGUGUACAAUAUGCAAAAUUUAUUUUGAAAAUAGAGAUGAUCAGAGGCAACACUAUUUCUCAGAUUUACAUAGAGUGAAUGCUCAUCGUAAAACUUCCUUGAAACCCCCCUUAACAGAAGAAGAAUUUUUAGAUUACAUAGACGAAAGUUCUAAUUCUGAAUCAGAAUCAGAUGAUAAUCCUCCAUCAUGUGAAAAAUUAACUGAAAAUAUAGAGUUCCAGCCAAGAAAUAGAGGAAAUUUUUUUUCAAAUCACCCUUUAAAGACAUUCUAUGUUACAGAACAAAAAAUUUUAUUUUCAAUUUACAAAAAUCUGAUAAUUCAGACUGAAAAUUCUGAAUGUUUGGACUUUGGGUCAGUAUGGGUAUAUUUAUUGUUAUGUGCUGGUCAUUUUGCUGGAGCUGUUUUUAAUAAAAAUGAAACAGUUGCUCACAAGACAUUUCAUCGAUAUGUUAUUCGCGCAAAAAGUGGUACAGCUCAAAGUGUUUGUGAUAAUCAAGGUGGAAAUGCUCCAAAAUCUGCAGGAUCUUCAUUAAGAAGAUACAAUGAAGCAGCUCUUAAAAAAGAAAUACAAGAGUUGUUGUUGACUUGGUCAGAUCAUAUCAAUUCAUCAAAUAGGAUAUUUUAUAAAUGCUCCACAUACGGAAUGGGAACUUUAUUUGGGAAAAAAACAAAUAUUUCUAAAAGCGAUCAGCGUCUGUGUAAAAUAUCACUACCAACACAGAGACCAACUUUAAAUGAAAUUAAACGUUUGCAUUUAAAAUAUUCGAAGAUAUAUAUACAUGGUUCAUUUGAAGAAGUUGAAGAAAGUAUGAAAAAAAUAAAAGAACAAGAAAAUAAAGAAAGAUUGAAAGAUGGUGUUGAAUCUUUAAAGCAGGAAUUAGAACAAUCAAAUUUAAAAGAAAAUACCCAAUUUAUUGUUCAACAAGUUGUAGAGAAGUUUUCUUCAUCAGAAAAAGACACAAAACAUGAUCAGAUAUAUGGUCAAAAUACUAAAAACUUUCCAACAAUUGAGGAACAAGUUAUUGAAUCUAGACAUGACAGCAAAAAACAAAAUUCAUCAGAUCAUGAUAAUUAUGAAAACAAGAAAAUACACAAUGAUGGUAAAAAGGAAGAAAAUAAUGAUGAUGCAGUUUGGAUGUGGAAUGCAAUAUAUAAAUGGUGUUCUCAAGGCAAUCUGAAUGAACUAAAAAAAUUUUUUGAAACUAGCUCUAACAGUAAAAGCGAGCUGCAUCAAUCUUAUUUUCAAGAUAACAGAGAACAUCAACCUAAUCCCCAAUAUGACAGUAAAAGUAAGGAAUACCAAUCUUGUUUCCAAAAUGACAUUGAUAAUAAAGAGUACCAAAGUUCCCAAGAUGGACAAAAUAGUGAAAAUAACAAGUUAUUUUUUUAUCCACAUAUAAACUAUCUUUCAGUUUCUAAAAACAGUACUUUGCUUCAACGAGCAAUUGUUACUGGCAGUCGAGAAAUAGUAGCACUACUCCUUGAUCUAGGUGCAGAUCCAUCCAUAAGUAACACAAUUGGUCAACUCCCAUAUGACCUUGCUUCAAAAAACAUUCGUAGAGAAUUUCGAAGGUUUCGAUAUGAUCAUCCAAACAAAUAUGAUUAUACUAAAGCUAAGAUUGGAACUCCACUGACUAAAGUUGAAGAAGAAAGAAAAAAAGAAACAGAUAUUAAAAAGAAAAAACUUCAAAAUAAAGCUAGAAAAGAAAAACUAAAAUUGCAAAAAAUGCAAGAAGAAGAUUUUAAAAAAGUUGAGCAAGAAAAACAAGUAUUUGAAAAUCUUUCUGAUCGAGAAAAAAGAGCAGUAAUGGCUGAAAGAAGAAUUGCAACACAGCAUACAACUUCCUCUAGGUGCGCUCGUUGUCGAGUAGCGAUAGAUGACAAAAACGCAUUCGAAAAGUACGGUUUUAAAUAUUGCUGUAUGAAAUGUGUAAAUGAACAUAAAUCUUUUAUAGGAAAGUAAUUAUUUUUACGAAUAAUGA